AUGGAAGACGAUGGUGAUGAUAAAGAUGAUACUAAAAGAAGAACUCGCAAUUUGAGUGAGAAAAAGCGCCGCGAUACAUUUAAUAUGCUUGUUAACGAGUUGUGCUCAAUGGUUUCAACUGACAACAGAAAAAUGGACAAGUCUACAGUUCUCAAGACUACCAUAUCCUUUCUGAAAAAUCAUAAUGAAAUAACAGUCAGAUCAAGGGCACAUGAUAUUCAAGAAGACUGGAAGCCUGCAUUUCUGACAAAUGAAGAAUUCACAUACUUGGUGUUGGAGGCUUUAGAAGGCUUUGUAAUGGUUUUCUCUGCUACUGGACAAAUUUACUAUGUAUCUGAAAGCAUCACAUCCCUUUUGGGUCAUAAUCCGGGUGACCUAUUGAAUAAAAGUAUUUUUGAUCUGGCAUAUGAAGAGGAUCGAUCUCAUUUAUACCGUCUUCUACAAAACCCUGGGGCUGCAGUUGACCCUCUUCAGCCUUUACUAAAAGAGAACGAGAUCAGUUUCCAGUGCCAUCUCCGCCGCAGUACGCUUGACUACAGAGAUGAGGCUACAUACGAGCUUAUUGAGUUCAAUGGACAUUUCCGUACAAAUAUGGAGCAAAUUAACGAAGAAAAUACGUCGGGAUAUAGACAAGACCACGAGUCUGGGUUGCUGUUCGUUUGCACCGGCCGGCUAUUCACGCCGCAGCUGAUACGCGACGUUUCUUUGGUGGAUUCAAACCGGAGCGAGUUUACCUCCCGACACAGUCUGGAGUGGAAAUUCUUGUUCCUAGAUCAUCGCGCACCACCUAUUAUCGGAUACUUACCGUUCGAAGUCUUGGGUACAUCUGGAUAUGAUUACUACCACUUUGAUGACUUGGAAAAAGUGGUUACGUGCCAUGAAGCUUUGAUGCAAAAGGGUGAGCUGACCUCGUGCUACUAUCGGUUUCUGACCAAGGGACAGCAGUGGAUUUGGCUACAGACAAGAUUCUUUAUCACGUAUCACCAGUGGAACUCCAAACCCGAAUUUGUUGUUUGUACGCAUCGUGUAGUCAGUUACGCCGACGUUGCUGAAGGCACAAAGCAGGAGAGCGUCGACACUGACACGGUGAGCGAAACAGACGUCAAUACCGGAGGGGUUAAAACAACACCGUCCGAAGAUGCGAUAGCCGCGUUGUCUCCCACAUAUAAUAUGUCUGAUACUGGUGACAUAUUCGCGAGCUCCUAUCAGCCUCUUUUACAGCCCGCUUCAGUGAAGUCGCAAUCGGCCAGUAGUACAAGCGGUACAGUGACUACAGUCAGUACCAGCACGACCAUGGGCCCCUGGCCGUGUACUUCUCACUUGCGCUUCACCGCCGGUUCGGACACGGCCUCCAGCGAAUCGCGUUCCUUGCAACGGAACAGCUCACGUGAGCAAACGCACAAGGGCUCCGAGCCGGCACUUGAACCUCAGCACGGUAUUGGGGCUCAGUAUUUGGAACCAGCGUCGUAUAUGGGAGCUGUGGGGGUUUCCGGGAUGUUGCCGAUGCCUCUGCACCCACUGCCGGUCAUUGUGUCCUCAGAUCAGGCGCAGAUACAGGAGCAGCUGCAGCGCAAACACGAGGAACUGCAGCAGAUGAUCGUUCGCCAGCAGGAGGAACUGCGCCAAGUGAAAGAGCAAUUGCUUCUCGCGAGGCUUGGAAUACUGCAGCCGUUGAUCAAUGUUCCAAACACUUACGUAGCACCCGAGGAGGUUCAACAAAAUCAACGCUUACCGGCACAAGUACUGUACGAUAGUUCCCAAGGCCGCACCAUACCUGGAUAUCCACAGCAACAUCCGCCUUCUUCCACGGGGCACCAUCAACAUUUGCCCCAGUAA